GUGUUAAUGUUUUACUAGGGUUCUUCAAUUCUCACUCUUCACACCCCCUCCCCAAAAAAAAUUUAAAAAAAUCAACAUCAACUACCAAUUAGCAAAAGCAAAAGAAAACACAAGUCUCAAACUCUCAAGUCACAAUAAAUAUUUGAAAUUAAAGAGAAAUUAAUAAGAAGGGUAGCUAGGUAGCUAUUAUAUAGCUAGGUAAGGUUUGAAGAGAGAAUUGUAUUAAUUAAAGAAGAGAGAAAGAAAAGAAGAAAAAAAAACAUAUUUAUGGUGAGAGACAUGAUGGGUACAUACUCAUCAUCAUCAAGAGGGUAUGUGGGAGACAUGAAUGAUGAUGUGAAUGUGAAUGUGAAUGUGAAUACGAAUAUGAGUAUGAAUGAAAAACCUGCAUGGCUAGAGAGGUUGAUGGGUGAAACAUUCUUUGGUGAUUGUGGGGUCCACAAAAAUCGAAGGAAGAACGAGAAGAACGUUUUUUGUUUACACUGUUGUCUUAGCAUCUGCCCCCACUGCUUCCCUUCUCAUACCUCUCAUCCUCUUCUCCAGGUGAGAAGGUAUGUUUACCACGAUGUAAUUCGAUUGGAUGAUCUCGAAAAGCUCAUUGAUUGUUCCAAUAUUCAGCCCUAUACAAUUAAUAGUGCCAAAGUGAUAUUUUUAAAUCAAAGGCCACAAUCAAGGUCAUGCAAAGGUACAGCCAAUGCUUGCUUCACUUGUGACAGAAUUCUUCAGGAGCCUUUCCAUUUUUGUUCUCUCUCAUGCAAGGUAGAUUACAUGGUGUACGUGGGGGAAAGCUUGUCGAACAUUUUACAUCGAUUUGAUGAAUCUGACUUUGCAAUAUCACAAUUCGAGGGACUAAGAGUGGAUGGAUCUGAGGUAAUCGAUGAAGACAACAAUAACAUUAACAUUGGUCCAAGUUGUUCUUACUCUAUCACUCAUCAAGAGGCCACUAGUAAUAACGUUCUUUCACACCAACCCCACAACAACAAAUCCAAUAGAUUCCUUCCUGGGAUUGUCCUCUCUCUUGGCAGUAGAAGAAAGGGUGCUCCCCAAAGGGCCCCUCUCUCCUAAUACUUUUCUAUUUUUAUUUUUAUUUUUACUAUAAUCAAAAUAAAUUAAUAAUAUAUUAUUAAUUAGUUACUAUUAUUUUAUGUCAUGGGAUUGAGGGCUUGGUUAAUUAGCUUUAUAAUGAUUAAUGAAUAAAUUCAUGCAAAAGCUAAGAUAUUUUCCAUUAUCUUCUUCAUGCUUGUUCAAACCACCAAUUUUGUUUUCGAUGCUAUGAAAAUAUGUGGCUAUGUAUUGUUUUU